UUAUACUUGCUGUGGUAUUGGCAGUAUUGCUGCCUUGCCGGUAUCCGCGAUUUAUGAUUUGGGGGUUUCUUGUGUUGUCACUGUUUACUAGUUUAUUUCAGUCACAUGUACCUUACUCCUUAAUACUGUUACUAGUGUUUUACUACUUGUUACUACUAAGUACUCGUAUUAAUCAUAAUAUUUAUUAACCGUUUUGAGCGUUUUACUUGGUGUAUCGAACUGUUGGCUGCUGUUCUAUAAUUAAUUUUUUCAAUACGCUAAGCUUCACCACGCGAUCAUCAACUAUGAAACUGUUUACCCACAAUAUGCUGUCGUCCAAAAGUCUGGAAGGAGUCAAAGUAGGAUAUCCGCUUCGCAUUGUCGCGAAAGAAAUUAAGAUAUCCAAAUCAGAAUUCAACAAGGAGUUUGUGAAAAAAAUAAUAGGGAAUAUCAAUUGGAAAGUUUUUGUAAAUGCUGCUAAGCAGAUUGGCUAUGGCAAAGACCUAUCUGAAGAUUUAAUCAAAAACUAUGAAAACGAUGAAGAAUAUCUCAAAAAAGUACACCAUCUACUCAUGGAAGUAGACAUUAUAAAUGGUGAACUUAUAUGUCCAGAAUCACAUAGAGCGUUUCCAAUAUCAGAUGGUGUACCUAACUUACUGUUAGAUGAGGAUUAAAUAUAAUAAUCAAUUUAUUUAACUUCUUGCUUUAUGUUAAAAUUAUUCAUCCAAGUUUUAUAUGAUUUAAUAAACUAUAUAACUUGAUUUAAAAUUGUGUACUACUAAUUAAA